UGACAACAAGAUGGCGGUAGUUGGAGUGAGGGCUGAGAGUGGAUAAACUUUGCUGUUUGCAACCGGGAGAAGAGGGUUCACGCGCUCUUGUCGUUCGAGAUGAUGGAGGUGGCGGCGACGAUUAGUGAGGGCGAUAUUCUGCUCGACGAGUCAGUGGAGGAGGAAGAGGACGUGCAAGAGCAGGAGGACAUGAUGUGGCAGAUGCUGGAGGAGAUGGUGCGGGUGUGCGCUGACGAGGCUCUGGAGGAGGCUGUGCAGGAACUGGCCGAGGAGCUGCUGGACGAGCUGCUGGACGAGGAGAGCAAUGGGGUGGUGGAAGACUUCUACCAGGAGCUGCUGGACAGCGCCCUGAGCAGCAGCGAAAGCAGUUGCUUGGAGGAAUGCGAGAGCCCAGCGGAGACGGUGUUGCAGGAAGAAUUUGAUAGUGUACUAACAGAAGAUGUACUAGCGAAAGGUCUAUCAAACCUGAGACAUUCAGCAACUGGAUUAGAACAGACCUAUCUUCAUCUCUCCCUUCCUAAUUGCAAACUACGUGACAUCUCUAUUCUUUAUGAUUACAUUCACCUCCAGAAGUUGGAACUCCCUUAUAAUAAACUAAGAGAUUUGCAUUGCAUUAGUUGCAUGCCCUACCUGCUGCAGCUGGAUGCCUCACACAAUGAAUUGAACUCACUGGCUGAUCUAAAACUACCCAAAAAUAUAAAGGAAGUAGAUUUUUCCCACAACCAGAUAUCUAAUAUGAAUGAUCUAUCAGACUAUCAGUUCCUCUUUAAAUUGAAUUUGGACAAUAAUCAAAUCCAAACAAUUGAAGGCUUGAGGAACUGUAAAAGUCUCAGCUACCUCCGCCUAGCAGAAAAUAAACUUUCGAAAGUUUGUGGUUUGGACAACUUGCCAAUUAAGUUCCUUUGCCUCCAAGGUAACAAGAUCACAGAUGUGAAGGGACUGGAAAAACUGAAAUGUCUGCGCAAGCUUGAUUUGUCAAACAAUAAAAUAGAAUCUUUGAGAGGUUUGGCAGACCAUGACCUUCUGGAAACAAUCAAUCUGCAGAACAAUCAGGUCAGAGAACUGAAUGAAAUUAAACACUUGCAAAACCUUGGACUUCUACGGGUUUUGAAUCUUCUGUGGAACCCAAUACAGGAACACCCAGAUUAUUUAUACUGGAUUCUUUACAUGGUGCAGAAACUGACUGAGCUGGAUCUUAAGAAAGUGAAAUCAGCUGAUAAGGUUAAGGCAAUCAACAAAUAUAACCCUCCAGCUGAAGUGGUAGCUGCCAAUGACCACAUUACCCAUAUAAUGUAUAGUUUUCAGCAGCUCCAGAGGAUUUAUGACAGCACCUUGCCUAACUUAGAUAUUCCGUUUCCCAUGCUGGUUCUGGUGGGGCCCCAGGCCAGUGGAAAGCGAGAACUUGCUCACAUGCUUUGCCAAGAAUUCAGCAACUAUUUUGGAUAUUGUAUCUGUCACACGAGCCGGACUCCAUAUUAUGGAGAAGAAGACGGGUGCGAUUACCAUUUUGUAACUGAGCAAACAUUUGAAGAAAUGAUCCAACUGGGGAAAUUUAUUGAGACAAUAAAAUACAAUGGACAUUAUUUCGGGCUCAGCAGAGAUGCAUUAGAAGCUGUUGCCAGAGAGGGAUUAGCCUGCUGUAUUCAUAUGGAACUUGAGGGAGUGCGCAGCUUGAAGAAGACUUACUUUGAGCCUCGAUACAUUCUGCUGAUUCCAAUGAGUAAAGAAAAGCACAAGAAAAGGUUACUUCUAAGAGGGCUGUACGAUCAAUCACAAAUUGAUUUUGCUGUAUCCAGAGUCGGCACCUAUAUCAGUAUGACUCAGGAUAACCCAGGAUAUUUUGAUGCUGUUAUUAACAGCGAUGACCUUAUGCAGGCAUAUCUGCAGCUGAGCCAGCUGCUCCAUGGGUACCUGAGCCUCAAUGAUCAAACAGGCAAUGAAAAAGACAAAGCUAUGAAUGGAAACAAAUGGCAGGCAACUGACUUGUCAAAGAAUACACCGACUGAAGUUAACCAGUCAAGCCAGUAUAAAAUUUCAUCAUCCAGUGAAUUAAUGGAUUCCUCUACAAGGAACUACUCUUCUAGAAUACAGGCUAGACUGUCAGCAGAAAAAACACUCUUGGAACAAUAUUCUUUGGAACAACGCCAGAAGGUGGCACGGGAAGCUGUAAAGGGAAAACCUGCAGGACCAUGCACCUAUCUGUUCAAAAGGGUUCGAAAUGUCCCCACCAUCACCAGCACUACCGGUGCUGUAUCAAAAAUCACAUCCUAUACAUCUCUUAUCCCUGUUGUCAAUUCAACUGAUUAUGAAGGGAGCUCACGCAGCUUAUCUCAUUCAAUCAGCUCUGAAGCAACCGGAGAACAUUUUCAGGAGUCCUCAUUUUCAUCUGUCGAAGUAUUUUCAGAAAUGAUUAAAGCUAUAGAUCUAGAAACUGAUUCCUCGAUGGAUGCUGUCUCUCAGGCAAUACUAUCUGAAUAUAAACUCAUGGCAACCUCAAGCUUCAGGAAAAUAGCAGAAGGUGAUCAGAUUUCUUUACUCACUCUAGAGGAAGCAAAGCCAGAACCAUGUAAAGAAGAAAAUGUUACAUGCAAAUAUUCUUCAAUCCGAAAUACCCCAUCUCCUUCUCUGCGACUUGGAUCUAACAUCAAGCCUAUUUUGCCUCCAAUUCCAUCAGGGCGAACAAGAGCUGAGAUCCCCGACAGUCCAUAGCAAGCUGUCUGUACAUUAAAAUGAAAAUUUAAAAAAUUUUAACUCCAGACUUAAAGCUGUUCCUGUAAUACAAAUGUUAAAAGUA